GUUAGUGUAAUACUAUAGUUAUAUAUGUAAAAUAUCAUAUAUGAAUAUACAAAAGUAAUAUCAAGCAAAUUAGCAACCUAUAAGCAAAAUGGGCACCACCAUUUCCCGCGAGCAACUCAACGAGUACCGUGAGCUCGUGAAGGACCGCAUUUCCGAGGAGUCCAUUGAUUUUUUUUACAGGAAGUUUAUCGAGGUUGCCCCAGAUGGGCACAUGCUGCCUAUCCAAUUCAAGCACUAUAUUGACAGUACGGGUGUUUACAAGGGUAAUAAGCUCCGUCAACGCCAGUUAAGGCAACAGCAACCCCUCGUCCGCACCGCGGGAUCCUUCUUCGGCUGGGGAAAUCACACAUCCACGUAUGGAAAUGAAGAGGAGGAGGAGGAUUAUCAUGGGUCCAUCAAUUCACAGAGUCAAUAUACAGAAGAUGCCAACGACAUGUAUCCGCACCUUUUUCGUGCUUUUGACUUUGAUGGAGAUGGCAUUAUUACGUUCAAAGAGUUCUUGAUCUACCACUUGGCAAUUAUUUACAGUACAGAGGAGCUUUUUCAGGUUAUUUUCAACGCCUACGAUGCUGACAAUGAUGGGUUUCUAUCUCUUUCUGACCUCAAGUCCGUUAUUACGGCUGCCACAUUUUACGUUGGAGACUACAAUGUGCGGGAUAGGGAGGUACAGCGUGUGAUUGACGAGGAAGCGCGUCGUUUGAUGGGUUUCUUGGACAUUCGUCAGCAGGGUUUCGUUUGGAAGGAAGACAUGCGGCUUAUUACCCAGCGCUACCCUCAAGUUUUAGAGAAAAUGAAGAACUUGAUGUGAGCAUGAGCGAGGCGGUAUGUUAUAGUGGUUUCAGCAUGGGUGCAAGGGUAGACCCUUCCCCACGUGUUUAUGCAUUCUGCGUUUUCUGCUGUUUUUUUCGUCCUUCUGUAUAUAUUGCCUUUUUAGCUUAUAUCGUUAUGCUCCUUUAAAA